AUGUCUUCAGAAAAUAGCAGAAUAGAGCCACUUCCGCCUGAAGUUGUGGCAAAGAUUAAAUCUUCAACUUCCAUUCCCGAUCUCAAUAGAGUGGUUGUGGAACUCGUCAAGAAUGCGUUGGAUGCACAUGCGCACACGGUCUCCAUAACGGUUGAUUUUCACCGCGGGGGAUGUAUGGUUGAGGACGACGGUGAUGGAAUACCCCCGGCCGAAUUCGAGUCGGACGGAGGACUAGGGAAAGCGCAUCGUACGUGGGCCUCGCACCGGUUAGCUGUCUUCUCGCUCAUCUCACAUACAGAUACCUCGAAAUUACAUCCAGCAAAAGUUGUCUACGGCCGUAGAGGGCUAUUCCUCGCUUCUCUGGCUUCUCUUUCGCUGUUGACGGUGACCUCGCACCAUUUCCGUCACAACAGCACCAAUAGUGUCAUCUUCCAUCAUUCGACUCCGAUCGCACGCUUGAUGCCAGCACCAUCAUCGCAUCACUUGAGUUCUAGCGGUCAUGGGACGCGCGUUACUGUCAAUGACUUGUUUGGCAAUAUGCCUGUGCGCGUGAAAAGUCGGGCCCUAGCCCUUCAGAAACCCGACGAAUUCGAGCGGCAGUGGGAUGGUCUCCGGCAAUUACUCAUUCCUUUAAUGUUGGCAAGUGACCAUCUCACUAAACUGGUGAUCUCGACCGCUGGAAAAGAGAGGAAACUCAUCAUUCGCUCACACGCUGGGCGUCAAGAGACUAAGGGAGACUUGGAUAUCCAACGCACCGCUUCUAUACUUACGCAGGCCUGUCUGGUUGAGCCGCAGAAAUCUGGUAGCUGGAAUUCUGUGUCAGCAUGCGUCCCCGGCAUUUCGCUGCACGCCGCUGUAUCCCUUGUGCCCAGCCCCACGAAGAAGGUUCAGUUUAUCUCCAUUGGGAUCGACCCAGUCUACCCGCGCAACAGCACGGACCUGCUCUAUAGUGAAAUCAACCGUCUGUUUGCUUUGUCCGAUUUUGGUGCGGUUGAAGCGGUCCCUGUAAGCAGCGACGGAAGCGCAAGUCCUAAAUUUACAAGCAAGGCCGUCAACAAAUGGCCGAUGUUCUACAUACGCAUAGCCGUUGAUGAUCCUAGAGAACUCUACGAGGAAGGUCAUGAGCGGGUACCGGAGUCAAACCAGUCCGUUCAGCGUAUCAUUGAUGUGCUUGCGGCGAUGAUGACCGAGUUCUUGAAACAACAUGGUCUACGACCACGUGCGGGGCGACAAAAGAAAGGUGCAUCUCAGAGGUUUACGGACGUUGAGUCGCCAGGGGCCGGCAGAUCUAAUCUUACAAAAUCUGUGUUUUCACACAACAAAUCUUCCAUUGCCGAAGAAGCCUUGGCAGGCCAGUUGAAGCUGCCGACCUUUCGAAGACCAACGUCAAUGAAUUCUGGUUCAGAUUUUACGACUUGGUCUAGGGUGAAAUGCGCGAUGGAGCCGUCCGCUGGUAAGCAUGAGUCGGCCGAUGGGUGGAGGAAAGCACAUUCAAGGCCUUCUUCGGAGUACCCCGAUAGAGAUUCGUUGCCAAUUUGUCUAGAGACAGAUGAUCCAUUGGCCGGUAACGACCUCGAGAUUACUGAAAAUGGCGGGCCGGAUGUUGAUGCAUCGAUACCAUGGACCGACCCCCAUACCGGACGUACUCAUUUGAUCAAUGCAAGAACGGGCCAAGCAAUCAAUGUUAGAUCACCAUCGAUUGCAUCUAUGGCUGACGAGCGGCCCCGAUCUGCCGGAACACUUCAGACACUGCGCGCGCUCGAUAGGUCAAGGCCAAGGUCGGCACUCUCAAGCAAAAGUCAUAAUAUCUGGGUUGAGAACCUCCUGAGGAGAUGGGAAAAUCCCGCUUUCAGUCGACCGGAAAGACCCAUAAGCGCGAUUUUCGACGGUGAAAAUCAUGGAAAUACGAGUGAUAAGAUGGUCGUUUGGCCGUAUGACGGCUCAGGAGAGUCUUGUGGAUUGGAAGAUUUUGGAUUGGCGAAAUUCCGAGGCCGAUUACGCAAGAGUCACCUGGCCACGGCCGGCAUCAUUGCACAGGUGGAUCGAAAGUUUAUCCUCGCAAAGCUUGCUGAUGGUCAUAGCUCACGGUCGGCCCUGGUCUUGAUCGAUCAACAUGCUGCGGAUGAACGAUGUCGGAUUGAGCGCCUUUUUGGAGAAAUGUUCGUUGAUGGCCAUCAUCGAGUUCAGACCAUCAGGAUUGACCCUAUUGCUUUUGAUAUCCCGCUGAUGGAGGCCACUCUUUUUGGAAAGCACGCAGACUUUUUUGCUUCUUGGGGUGUUGGGUACCGUGUUGAGCAGAAAUCAUCAGCCAGAGCUGCCCUCGUUGUCGUGCAUUCACUUCCCACACUGAUCGCAGAGCGAUGCCGAGUAGAACCCAACCUGGUCAGCGACAUGAUCCGCGGCGAGCUAUGGAAACGCGAGGAGAACGGACGGGGUGCUUUGGCUCUCAGUGAUCGACGAACCCACCAGGACGAGUUGGAGGGCGAGACCGAGGACACCUGGGUGGAACGACUCAAGGGCUGCCCUCAGGGGAUUAUUCACUUGCUGAACUCUCGGGCAUGCAGAACAGCAGUCAUGUUCAACGAUGCCCUAACGACCGAGGAGUGCGAAAGUCUUAUAGGUCGACUGGCGCGAUGCGUGCUGCCUUUUCAGUGCGCUCAUGGACGGCCGUCUAUGAUCCCGGUUCUUGAUCUGAGGGAAGGUGAGGAGUUGUUGAGGAAGAGUGCCGAAUGUGAAUAUGAAUAUGAAAGGACUGAAGGUCGACAACAGCCGGAUUUUCUUGAGGCUUUUCGAUCUUGGCAGGCUCUUGGUGAGGACUGA